CCAGCGGCACCCGCGCAGACGCAGUGAGGCUGAGCCAGUCCCGGAGGCUGAGGGGCCUUGGCUGGGCUGAGCAGCGUCUGGGAGGGUCGCCUAGAGCCCUGCUGCAAGGCGGAAGAGGGAGGUCGGCACCAUGUCGAGGCAGGCGAACCGUGGCACCGAGAGCAAGAAAAUGAGCUCUGAACUGUUCACCCUGACCUAUGGGGCUCUUGUCACCCAGCUAUGCAAAGACUAUGAAAAUGAUGAAGAUGUGAAUAAACAGCUAGACAAAAUGGGCUAUAACAUAGGAGUCCGACUGAUUGAAGAUUUCUUGGCACGGUCAAAUGUUGGCAGAUGCCAUGACUUUCGGGAAACUGCAGAUGUCAUUGCCAAGGUGGCAUUCAAGAUGUACUUGGGCAUCACUCCAAGCAUCACUAAUUGGAGCCCAGCUGGUGACGAAUUCUCCCUCAUUUUGGAAAAUAACCCCUUGGUGGACUUCGUGGAACUUCCUGAUAACCACUCAUCCCUCAUUUAUUCCAAUCUCUUGUGUGGGGUGUUGCGGGGAGCCUUGGAGAUGGUCCAGAUGGCAGUGGAGGCCAAGUUUGUCCAGGACACCCUGAAAGGAGACAGUGUAACAGAAAUCCGGAUGAGGUUCAUCAGGCGGAUCGAAGACAAUCUCCCGGCUGGAGAAGAAUGACUGUCCCGCAGUGGAGAGGAGCCAGCAAGACACUUAUUGGGUCAGAAGGGCACAGUCCCCUCUGCCUCUAGAACUCAGUGACUCUAACACGGGUGUUAUAUAUUAUUACCUUUUUUCCAUUUUCCAUGCUAAUAAAGAGCAGACUGAUAUAGUCCAGUUUCCCUGCAAGUAUGCACAUUCAGAAGGGGAAUUCUUUGUUCCCUCUCCCUUAAAAUGGUCUGGAUGUAAUUUUUUUUUUUUUAAACCGGGAAUCAAACUUAGGACCUUGCAUUUGCCAGGCAGGCACUUACGGUGCUGCGCUAUCUCCCCAGCAGGAUGUAAUUGUUGUUGGUUGGACUAGAGAGACCUCAAAGCAUUUUACAUUCCUAUGUGAAUUUUCCAAAGCAAACCUACUUUGACCCCAGUAAGAGACAAGCCUGAGCUGGGUGUGGUGGCCCGGCAAAUAGUGCCUAUAAUCUGAACACUGGGAGGCUGAGGCAGGAGGAUCACAAUUUGAGCCCAGUCUGGGCAGCUUAGCAACUUAGUGAUACCCUGUCUCGAUACAUUAAAAAAAAGGCUGUGGAUGUAAUUCAGUGUGAAGGCCUUGGUUUCAAUCUCCUAUACUAAAAAAAGUGACAAGCCUGGCAUAUUUACUCUUGAGCCUUCCUAAAGCUCUUGGCAAAUGGCUGUAAGAAAUCUGGGGCUUGGGUUGGAGGGUUGGGAGGGGGUGGGUAGGAAUUUCUAGCUGUAGUGUGAUAUUCUGUAGAGUUUGGCAGGACAUGGGAGCCAGUCAUGCCGGAAACACCAGUUUCUGGGAAGCCACCCAGGUCUCGUUCCUCCUCGGCGUUUGGAGGCAAUAUCUCCUCUUUUUACAGAGGGUUCAUCCUUCUUUCUUACAAAUUCCUCAAUAAAGACACAUUCUUGA